AUGAGGUUCUUUCUUUCUCGACGUUGGAAGCCGAAUAAAUGGCCUUUCUACGUCUUGAUCCUCCUGGAGAUCCCAUUGACCAUCGCCCUGCUGGCACUGUUCGGCAUCGCCUCUCCAGACACUUACCGAACAAGGCUGUGGCAAGAUGGUGCAGAUAAUGGCUUCAACUCAAGCCCCUUGACAGGGCUAUAUGCCGCGGCCAAUUAUCGGCCCUAUACAACUCCUAAAGUCUGGUCACAAUUCAUAACUGACUACAAUGUCGCAAUCACCGUCCUCUCCAUGUUCAUCAUGCUUGUCAAGUCGAUCAUGUACAUGCUCCACGUUUUCCCACCCAUCCUCUCCGCAUUCGUUCACGCUGGACUCAUCAUCUUGUACACCGUCUCCGUGGACUACCAAGCCAGCAGUGACACCACCGAUCCGGAUCACCCUCAGCACGGCGCGCCCUGGUACAUCACCAAAUCCUGCAACGUGGCUCAUGACAAGAACAACAUCGGCUACUGUACACAAGCGAAGGCCAGCUUUGCAUGCACUUGCGCCAUGCUGGGCGUUUUUGUCACCUAUUUCGGCUUCGCGGCGUACUCGUGCUUCCCCAGUAAACAACAACGCGAAGAAUACGCCGAGAAGAAACGUCUCAAGGCCGAGCGCUGGGCGAAAUUUGAAACUUACCAGGACGAUGAGACGGGCGAGACCACUGUACAAAAGUACCCUGUUCCUGACACCCCAGGUAUUGUGAAUAGUCGACUGAACCCAAUGACUCCGCGAACACUUGCAUUCAACACGUUGGGUGGAACCAAGGAUCUUCCGCUGAGGAGCCACUUCAGCUCGCCGAACAUCCCAGGAAGUACCUCUCCAUCGUUCGCGAUUCGGAGUCCUGAUUUGCCUCGAAGCCCAAUGAGCCCGGGUUUUAUUCAGCGAGCCGGUACUGGCUCCGAGAGGGCCAAUGGCAAGUCCCCCGAGAUUGGCACAAGUCCGCAAGAAUCAGCUACGCCGCAGCUAUAUUUCCCUCCGCCGCCAAAGACGUCGAAGAAGUGA